AUGUUGACGGCCCUCAUAUCCACCUCGGCGCUGGCCGUGGUGGCUUGGCUUAUUAUUCGGCACACAGCCAAGCUGACGAGAAAGUCCAGUCUGAAUAUACCAUACCUCAGCUUCCCAGAUGGUGACAACUCGCCCCAGCGUUACACCCUCGAUACGGGAAAUCUUCUGGCACAGGGGUACGAGCAGUAUUCAAAGAAAGGCUUGCCAUUUUCCAUGUUUAACUAUACGGAUGCAGCCCGUCCUAUUGUCGUCCUUCCAGUCAAGUAUCUUGAGGAAGUUCGCCGCGCAAGCUCGUCCAAGCUCAGUUUCUUGAGUUAUCUUAAUAAGGAUUGGACCCCAUUCAAUGGGUUUGCACUUCUUUUGCCACUUAUUUCUCGGGUAAUGGCACGGGUGCUGCUGGGGCCUGAGUUAUGGGACAACGAGGAGUGGCAUGCGGUAGUAACAGCGUACUUUCAAGCCGGUUUUGCGGCUUCGGCGCGUGUUCGCGAUACCUAUCACCCUCUGCUUCGUUGGACAUCCAGAUACCUGGACAAGGAUGUGAAAGCCAUUUACGAGGCCCGUCGCAAGGGUGAAGCUAUUAUAAAACCUGUGAUAGAGGCCCGCAUCGCAAAUACCCGUAACCGCGCGGGUGGACAGGAGACAGGAUACAACGAUGGCGUCCAGUGGCUCGUAGACUCGUAUCUGUCCGAAAACAAGCGUGUCAGCGCUGGUCGAAUAAUGCAGGAUGAAGCAUUCCUCGUGGCUGCCUCCGUCCACAGUAUUGCACUUACAACUCUCUCCAUCCUUUUGGACCUUGUCGAUCACCCCAAAACGCUGGCUGAAGUUCGGGACGAGAUUUCGAAAGUGUAUGCUGAGUACGGCAGCUGGACGCGCCAGUCCCUUAGCGCGCUACGGCUUUUGGACAGCUUCAUGAAAGAGAGCCAACGGCUGAAUAAUUUUCAAUAUAACACUAUGCAGCGCAGAGCAAUCGUGGAUUAUACCUUCAAAGACGGUCUGCGGAUCCCAGCUGGCACUUCAAUCGUCGUGCCCAGCCGUCUACUAGGGCGUGACUCUGACCUGCACGACAACGCUCUUCAGUUCGAAGCCAACCGUUGGAAGCGCAUGCGCGAGGAAGGCGACGCCACAAAGUUUCAUUUCGCCUCCCUACAGGAUGAUAUGCUGCCGUGGGGAAGCGGGUCGCACGCCUGUCCCGGUCGCUUCCUUGCGCAAGAAAUCAUCAAGCUCAUCUUCAUUCACCUUGUCACCAAAUACGACAUCAAAUUUCCAGAAGGUGUGGAAAGUCGGCCGCCGGAUCUUGCCGAAAACGCCAACUCUAAUCCAAAUGUCAUGGCCACUUUCCUUUUCAAGGAGAGAUGA